UGUGUUCGAUCGUGUGAGAGGAGAGAGAGUCGAUCACCAAGGAAAUGAAUAUUAUUAAUUUUUGGUUUUUUACCCAUACAUGAAUAUUGCUGAAACUUGAAAGGCAAGAAAAGGACAGCCGCUGCUGCCAACACAGACAGCAUCAUGAUUUUUGUAUCAUCUUUUCAUGCUCUGUGCGUCCUCUGUGUUCUACUGUAUCUCUACACACGAUCUACAGUGGCCUCUUCAGACGAUGUUGGUUUCAAGAAAUUCCAGCGAGUUUAUCUAGUGGUCUAUCUCUUUGCAAUGGCUGCUGAUUGGCUGCAAGGUCCUUACGUGUAUGCCUUGUAUGAGCAUUAUGGGAUGACACCCCAUCAGAUUGAGCAACUCUUUGUUGGGGGUUUCGGUUCUAGCAUGAUCUUUGGCACAGUGGUUGGCUCGUUUGCAGAUAAAUUUGGACGUCGGGCAAAUUGUGUGCUGUACGGUAUCCUGUACGCUUUGGCAUGUGUCACCAAACACUUCAACAACUUCUUCAUUCUGAUGAUAGGCCGGUUGCUGGGUGGAAUAGCAACCUCCAUUCUGUACAGUGCAUUCGAGUCUUGGCUAGUCUAUGAACACAACUCAAGAGGGUUUGACAAGGAUCUGUUAGGUACCAUAUUUUCACAUGCAACACUUGGAAACUCCAUCGUUGCCAUAGCAGCUGGCAUAGUUGCCCAAUUCUUUGCCGAUCUGUAUGGUUUUGUGUCACCAUUUGACGUCUCAUUGAUUGUUCUGAUUUUAAUGGUUUUAAUCGUCAUGACGAUAUGGUCUGAGAACUACGGCGAUGCCAAAGCCAGCUUAGGCACAUCAUUCAAAACAGCUAUUUCACACAUAAGGACAGAUCGUAAAGUCUUGUGUCUCGGCCUGAUCCAGUCUUUAUUUGAAGGAGCGAUGUACACAUUUGUUCUGGAGUGGACGCCGGCCCUUGGCCGGUCACAAGAGCAGACGGAUCCUAAUCAGCCAAAAGAGACCAUUCCACACGGCAGGAUAUUUGCUGGGUUUAUGGUUGCAAUAAUGAUCGGAUCCUCCAUCUUUAAGAUCGCAAGUAAACAUUUUUCAGUGGAGUCCUUCAUGAGACCUGUUCUCUUCAUAUCAGCGCUUGCUCUUUGUGUGCCGAUUUUAAUGCCAUGGAGUCAGCCCAUGGUGUUUGUAAGCUUUCUAGUGUUUGAAUGCUGCGUGGGUAUCUUUUGGCCUUCUCUGGGUACCAUGAGAGGGAAGUACGUGCCAGAAGAAGCUCGAUCUACCAUCAUGAACUUCUUCAGGAUUCCUUUGAAUAUGAUUGUUAUAUUCCUACUUUUACAGAAUCUCAGUAUGGGAGUUAUCUUCAAGUUCUGCGUAGGGUUCCUGCUGGUUGCUGCUUGCGUUCAGCAGUGGCUGUACCGUCUUACCCUGGCCACACCCGUCAACGACAUGGAGAAAGGCGGGUUCGGUAACCAGAACCACUCCAACCCCGAACACCAACAACUCCCUAAAAAUGGUUUACAUUCUAUUAACGAGGUGCAAUAAGCUCUGAAGACGUUUAGCCUUAACUUUUUCAGCUACCAUAGGAAUUCCUGUGUUUUGUUGUAUAUUUUGCUCUUUGCUUUGUUUUCCCUACUCUUGUCUUGUUCCCUGUUAGCUUUAUCAAGGCACGCCAGGUGGAUGGUGUAGUGGCAUUUUGACCCACUUAAACAUUUAGCUGUAGGGUGGCCCAAAACUCUAACAACCCCCCCCCCUCCCCCACCCCACAGUCACAUGUGUGUGAUCCAGACUAUACUCACAAGCUAUAUGUGACACUUGUGUCCUUAAGCAAGACACUUAGCCAUUGCUUCGUCCUUCGGAUGGGACUUAAAGCCGUUGGUCCC